UUAUUUAACGGUUAUUCUUUUUUUUUUGAAUUCGAGUCAAUGCUUUAAUUAUUUACUAUAUUAUUAAAUGUUUUUAUUAUGAGUGAAUUAUUCAACAAAAUGUGCGAGAUAGCCAAUAAGGCACAAGUGAGCAGUGCGCAUCAUCCAGUUUGUCUUCAUCAGCUCAACAAACUUUUUAACACUAUUUGCAGAGCAAACUCAAUGAAUUCGUGGAGGCGUUUUCGAAUAUCCUCAAGAUUAUAAUGCAGGCAGAAUACAAGAAUUCCAAUCCAGAAGUUGAAAGAAUACUGCAAUUCGUGGCUUUGUUCUGUGAAGGAGUCGAACGAAAGAUGAGCCAAGACCUAGAGUCUACCAUAAUGGAGUCUCCUUUCCUGAGUGCUAUAAUUCAGUUACUUUUGAUGGCGCAACCAAAUGCUAACCAUGUGAUUCGUUACAGAGCAUGUCAACUGAUUCAGACAAUUUUAAGCCAACUGAAAGGUUUUGAAUUAUCAGUAGAAAUAUUUGAUACUAUACAGGAUGCAAUGUUGGAGAGAUUGAAAGACGAAAGGGAGAGUGUCAGAUUGCAGGCAGUCUGUGCAAUAUUUUCAUUACAGGACCCCUCUGAUCCUGAUUGUCCAGUAGUCAAUGAAUUGUCAACACAAAUGAUGGGUGAUCCAAGUGCAAAGGUGAGGAAACUGUGUUUGGAAAAAGUGGGAUUACGACAGGAUAUUUUGGAGAAUAUAAUCAUGAAAACUAGAGAUGUUAACGUGAAGGUUCGCUUAGCAGCUUACACCCGCUGCUCGCUGAUACCGAAAGCUUUUAAAGUGAUCCAAAGGCAAAAGUUAAUCAAAUACGGAUUCACCGAUGAGAAUGAAUCAAUCAGAAUGUACAUGCAUGAACAUUUUGUGACGUCGUGGUUCGAAUGUUACGAAGAAGACUAUUUGAUGUUUAUUAAUUCGCUGUGUUUAGAUUCGGACUUUAAAGACUGCAAAGAAACUUCGGUAGUUGUGGAACACGUCCUCAGCGCAUUCUUCGCAUCGAAACCGCAUUUGGAAUUGAAACAAGCCUUAAAUUUGAAUGAAAACCGACUUUUACCGUUGGAAGAUUUGAAAUUCGAAUCUGUUUUAUACUGGCGUUGCUACCUGGAAAUGCUCCGAAAAUGCGAUGUCGACGAAGACGAGUAUUUUCCGGAAUUGGUGCAUCUAUGCAAAUACAUCCAAAAUUAUUACAAAGAUAAGAAUGAUUUGGACCCUGAAAGCGUCGAGUAUUUUCAUAAUCAGUUUAUAUUACAACAGUUGUUCCAAAUAACCAUGAAAUAUGAUUUCGGGGAUAAAUUUCUUCAGGAAACGUUGAAUGCUUUGGUGGGAGAGGUGCUUCAGAACGCUGUAUUGGAGGAAGAAGUUGUCGAGGCUAUCAUGAAAAAUCUUGACUACACCAUACCCGAUGUCAACGAGCAAAUCAAAUUUGUCUGCUUGUUGAUCUCGGAAAUAUCUUACGAGGUGCCCGAAGUGCCUGAACCGGAGGAGAAUAAUACCAAUAAAUUAGAAUUGGCCAAGCUGAAAAUUGAAUUGAGCUGCUUGAAGGAGGAUCUAGAUGUGGCUAUAAAGGAACAGAAUUUUUUGAAGGCUGAAGGACUUAAGGACAGGAUAACAGAGGUAGAAAAUGUUAUUAUUAAUUGUGAAGUAGCGGAGUCCGGGGAGGUUUUGCAAGAGUAUGAGAAGAAGACGGACUUAGGCACUCUCAGGAAGUGCCUGGAUAUUUGCAACGGUCUGCUAUCUUCGUUGAGGAUCACCACGUUGAAUUCGAUGUUGAUGACUCUCAAAGAUAACACUAUACAGGUGUUAUUGAGUCAUAAAGAUGAGACCGUCGGGUAUAAGGCUAUGAAGUGCUAUGGACUAUGCUGCAUCAUGGAUCAGUCUACGGCUGAAAUUGGAAUUCAUUUAUUUUGCGUUCCGAUUGAUAGUUACAGUGCGGGAACAGUCUGCAAUACAGACAGAUUAUUGCUGGCAAUAAGCGCUGUCGUUGAUAUGAUAGUUUUGUAUGGUACUGAUUUGAUUGCGAAACCAACGGACCCUGAAAACAGCUUCGACGAGCAGCAUGAAACUAUCUUCAAAGGCGGCUCCAGUUUGACUACAAUCAUUCAAGGUUUGGUCGAUUUAUUGCAGGACGAGAAUACCGAUGUACAAGAGCACGCAAGUCAUGGUUUAUGUAAUCUGUUGUUGGCCAGUCGCAUCCAAUCGCACGCAGUGAUAUCACGGCUCAUCCUGAAAUGGUGCACUCCGCAUUCCAAUGACGAACAGCUGCAGAAGAUGAUCCAGAGGAUAGGAUUGACUUUGGAAAAGUUGCCCAGGAUUCGAGAUUCGGCGGACGAACUUGAAAACGCUGUUUUACCGACGGUAAAAGCCAUUAUCAAAGCGCCAAAGACCAGUCCACUUGCCGGAGUGAACGCCUUAAACAUUGCCAAUUUCCUGAUACAAUUAUGCCAAACGCAUCCUCAGAGGUACCACAUGAACUCCAAUUUGAUGAUAAGAAUAUGCAGCGAUAUGCUUAAAAGGCCGAAAUCUGUGAACAAUUUAACGUACUCUAAGAUGCUCCUGAUGUUUCCGUUGGACGAAAUAGAUAGCACUUUGAUGCGGGAAUUAUUAACGAUAUGCGAUGACGUUCGAAAUGAAGUUCUAGACAAGUUGGUUGUGAGGAAUGUCAUCAAAUUCAUAGCGAACAUUACUUCACUGAUGAACCAAAUCGGUUCGAUCCAAGAGGAAAGCGACGAGGAUAAGGAAAACAUUCCGGUUAACAAUAUUUCGCCGCAGCAACAGACCUCCUUGGACAACAUCGAAAGCAUAGAACAAUGAUACUAUUUUUUUUAAA